CUCUCUCUCUGUUCUGCAACACAGCCGCCGACCUCUCCCCAUUCAAACCUCUUCUUUUAUCCCUCUCUUCCAACAUAUUCUCCUGUUCAAUUCAGAGGCAAAAGAGAUGUUGGACAAUUCACAUCUUCUCCCUGGGUGGCUUGCAGCUCUGCUUACAGAGAAAUUCUUCAGCGCUUGCAUUGCACACGAAGAUGCCAGAAAGAACGAAAAGAAUAUUUUUUGCUUGGACUGUUGCGUUGCCAUUUGCCCUCAUUGCUUGACCCCUCACCGCUCUCAUCGCCUCUUGCAGGUAAGAAGGUAUAUCUACCAUGAUGUUUUGAGGUUGAAGGAUGCUGAGAAAUUGAUGGACUGUGUUUCUGUUCAAUCUUAUAUUAGUAACAGUGAGAAAGUUGUGUUUCUGAAUCAAAGACCGAUCACAAGGCCUUGCAGAGGCUCUGCUAAGCUUUGCAUUAUCUGUGACAGAGCCGUUCAAGAAUCCUUCCUCUUCUGCUCCAUUUCCUGCAAGCUUCAACACAUGAUGAAAACAGGGGUGAAAUUGUCCGAUCACAUAUGCAACCGGGACUCUCUGGUGUUGCCGGAGCCGGGGCUCGGAGACGACCUGUUGACGCCGGAGACCGUCCUCGAACCCACGGUUUCCAUCAGCGCCGGCUCCGCUUCCAGCGUUUCCGGCGGCGAGUGCCGGAUACUUGCUAGCACUGCCACCACAGAAACCGUGAAGAAGAAGCGGAGCACUCUGUCAGCGCCGCCGGUCCGGUCUGCCUCCCAGCCGGCGUUUUCGAAAGUUCUGCCGGCGGCGGCCGUGAUGAACCGGAGGAAGAACCGCCCCCAUCGGUCUCCACUUCAGUAG